AUGGGGAAACUUCACUCGAAACAUGCUGCCGUUUGUAAACCCAGAGAAAGUCCAGAAGGUGAUAGUUUUGCAGUGAACGCCUCCCUGGCUCGGAAAGGGAUUGAGGACUGGAUGGUGAAGCAGAAAUACUUCGGUAGCAGCGGGGGCAGCAGUACGGGACUGCUGCCGGGCUGCCAGCACCGGGCUGUUUGCAGGCUCUCCAGCACCAGGGAUCCGUCUGGUGAAGGUUACAGAGAAACAAUUGGUGAUGAACACUUUCGUCUAGAAGUGGCUUUGCCUCCAGAGAAGACAGAUGGAGUUUGCAGUGGAGAUGAAAAGAAAGCUGGGAAAGAAAGUGACACACGAACAAGUUCCAGGAAACAACUAAAAUUUGAAGAAUUGCAAUGUGAUGUGUCUGUAGAGGAAGAUAACAGGCAAGAAUGGACCUUCACACUGUAUGACUUUGAUAACAACGGAAGAGUCACACGUGAGGACAUUACAAGCUUGCUUCAUACCAUCUAUGAGGUAGUUGAUGCAUCAGUAAACCACUCCCCUAGUUCCAGUAAAACUCUGCGAGUGAAGCUUACUGUGGCACCUGAUGGAAGUCAGAAGAAAAAGAGUAUCUUACUAAACCCUGCUGAUUUGCAGAGCUCUAGGCACAGAGCUGAGAGCAAAGCCAGUGAAGAACUGAGAAGCUCUGAAAAGAAGCAACGGGCUUCUCUCAGAUAUCACCCCAGUGACAACACUCCUGAGCAAAGCGGGUGCUAUCGCCAUUGCGUGGAUGAGAACAUUGAAAGGAGAAACCACUAUUUGGAUCUUGCAGGAAUAGAAAACUAUACAUCGAAAUUUGGGCCAGGAUCUCCUCCAGCAGCUCAGAAAUAUGACCCACCAAAUAGAGUUGUGAAUCAGACUAGAUCCCGCUCUCAUGAACCUGAAAUCUUCCAUGCCCACCACAGGAAAUCUCAAGUGGUGGACCCCAGCCACAUCAAUUUGGCUGAUGCCUCAUACGCCAAGAUUGCAGAAAUACAACAAAGGCUGCGCAAUCAGGACUCAAACAAGCACUUUGUUAGGUCUCCCAAGGUCCAGAGCAAAAAUGUAGCCUCUGUUCACCCUGGAAGGGCAGUAAGGAAUAAACCUCUUCAAGGUGCAUCCAUGCCGAUGGCUUCCCCAACUGCACGGGUGGGCCAGAAUCUUCCUUACCUCCCCAUGCAGUCCCAGCAGGCUCACAAGAAACAUAAGCAGAGGGCAAAGGAGAAUCAUCAAAUGUGCAAAACCUUCCAUUCUCCGGGGACAGUUUUGGAAAAAGAGCAGGUGAGAGACCUGCCCACAGUCAUUUUAUAUGAAGGCCAAGUUGGACAAAUGAUCCAGAGACACGAACACCAUCACCACCAUGAGCAUCACCACCACUAUCAUCACUUCUACCAGACAUAA